AAAUUAUUUUUUGUAACAAAGGACAAAUAAUAUACUGACAAUGGCUUCAACUAUGCUUGAUGUUCGUAAAAUAUUCAACAUGGCACAAGAUGGUGUUGUUGCUUCCCGUUUGUGUGACAUGAUGACCGCCAUACAAAAAACUUGCUCGGUUGAAGAUUUCUGGUCUGCCUUUUUAAAUCACUUGCAGAAGACAAUGAUUUAUUACAAAGCAGACAUAGUUGUUGAAAGAGUGAUUGACUUCAUAGCCACCUUUACAACUCAUUCAUCAAUUCUGAAAAAUAAAGAAAAGGAAAACGAAUCAGAUAAUUUAGAAAUGGAUGAGUCUUCUAUGGAUCCCUUUUUAGUUGAAGUGUUAAACUUCCUAAUCAAAAACCACAACGCACGUGACAAAGCUGUGCGAUACAGAUGUUGUCAACUCAUCAACAAACUACUUGGUCGCCUUGGAGAUGAUGACACUAUCGAUGAAGAUAUAUGUGAUGCAAUUUAUGAGUGUAUGAUGAUUCGGAUAAAGGACAAAUUUCCAUCAAUUCGAAUUCAAGCAGUUUUAGCACUUGUACGUCUUCAGGAUCCUGAGGAUGAGGAAUGUCCUGUUAUUGAUGCAUUUAUUCACUCAAUGGAAACCGACACUAAUGCUGAUGUACGCAAAACCAUUCUAUCAAACAUUGCACUGUCUAGAAAGACUCUACGACAUGUGUUGGGUCGUAUUCGAGAUGUAAAAGAGAGUAACCGCAAAGUUGCGUAUAUAACGUUGUCAGAAAAGGUUUCUAUCAGAGCAUUGACCAUUGCUCAAAGAAUUGACAUCCUCAGUGUUGGCUUGAAAGAUCGUUCUGUGAUUAUUAAACAAGCAUGUUUGCAGUUAUUGAAGUCUUGGUUGCGUUCGUAUGAUCAUAAUGUUGUAAAGUUACUAGAGGCACUGGACACUGAAGGAUCAAAAGAUUGCUCUGAAGCAGUUCUAGAUGCAUUGUUUGAAGGUGCUUCUGUUGAAAAAUUAAAACAGCAUGUUGAUGCAUUGAUAGCAUUGUCACAAGCAUCUGGUGAAGGAGUAAAAAUGAUACCUUCAGAAUCUCUUUCGCCAGAAAAUGUGUUCUACUGGUAUAUGGUUUGUAAACAUUUAAAGAAAGUGGGAGACGAUGGUGAAGUCUUACUUCAAACCAUAUUGCCAGAACUUACAAAUUUUUGCAACUAUAUUCAAAGUUAUGCUGAAAAAUACUUCAUUGAUUCUGCGAUUUUGACAGCUUUUGAAGGAAGGGAAUUACAACCAGAAUUUAUUUUAGAGCAUUUGCUGAAAAUAGCUCGCCUGUUGGAUUUGUCUGAUGAAGUUGGAAGGAAAAACUUACAGUCCCUGGUUUAUAAUCUCCUUGUCACUGAAACCAUACCUGUUUCACUUGCCUCUGUGUUGGUGUCACUAUAUGUUGAUGUUGAAAAGUCAGAGCAGGUCUUCGUUCAAGCUGUUGUUGAGAUCAUUGCAGAUGUGAAACAACCCAUGGUUCAAGUGGUGACUACAGCUAUGAAGGAAAGCAAUCGUAGAAUAGAAUUGCAGCUUGCUCGGAUUGCAAUGAACUUAAACGAGUGUAAAGAAGAUUUGGAAACAGCUAUUACUAAGCAAAACUUUCAAGAUGCAGCUCUUUUGAAAGAUCAGAUAGCUGAAUUGCAGGAGCAGCGGGACAGUUUACUGCUGGACAAAAACACUAAUGAAGAACGACACCUCCCUCAACGAGUCGAAAAGGAUGAUCCAGAGACUAUGUUAAAAUGUCUCACUAUUGCUUCGUCAUUACUUACUCACAUAAAAGGGAAAGGCAUAAGUCCAACAUUGAUGACACUCAAAGAUGAACUCAUAUUUGAAGGUGUAAAGAAUGAGGACCCUUUCAUUCGAAAUGAAGCAGUUAAAUGUCUUGGUCACCUGUCACUUUUGCAGAAAGAUUUUGCUUGUCAACAUUUGGUGCUAUUUCUACAGGUUGCUCAAGUUGAUCAAGAAUUGCUUCAAAUAACAGCAGUCCAAAUCAUUUUUGAUUUGUUUAUGAUAUAUGGGCUGGAAGCUUUUGAUAUUGAACCUGACAAACCUAGUGACCAAAAUGAAAAAGAGGAAGAUGAGGUGAAAUCAGACGUUGUUGAGGAAACACCACCUGAAGAACUCGAAGUGAAACAGAAACAUAGUAACGCUGCAGAAAGUGUGUUGGGAAUCCUGUUGAUGUUUCUUGAGAGUGAAAGUCCAGACCUGCGCACAGUUGUAGCAGAAGGCUUAGUAAAACUGUUGAUGUCUGGCAGGAUCGUCAGUUCAAAGAUUUUGACAAGAUUGAUUCUGCUCUGGUAUAAUCCAAUCACAGAAGACGAUACCAAACUUCGCCAUUGUUUGGGUGUAUUUCUACCUGUGUUUGCUUUUGAGAACAGAAACAACCAAGAGUUAAUUGAAGAGUCGUUCAUUCCAGUGUUGAAAACUUUGUUCAACGCACCCUCCUCCUCACCUUUAAGUCAAGUCAACGUUUCCAAUGUGGUAGACCUCAUGGUGCAACUUACAGACGUUAGGAAUUUAGUGGAGAUGCAAAUGAAGGACAAAACCAUCCCGGUUUUUGAAUCACACGUUCACGAUGGUGUAGCAAUUAAACUGGCGAAUGAAAUCUUGUCCGAUCCCGAAGACGCUGACAUUAAGUUAUUAUGUAAAACGUUGAAUCAACUCCACAUCUGUGUCAGAAACACUACAGUUAUUCAAGAUUUGAUGGAGUUAAAUAUGCAGAUGUUGGAAGCGCUAUCACAGAACAAAUUGGCGAAGAAAAUGAUCGAAAAGUUUCAAUUACACGUGCAAGAUUUGUUUGGUAGUCAAGAUAAGUCAGAUUCAGUAUCACAGUCUGAAGCAGAUGCAACUAUGACUGAAGAAAACAAGGAUACCCACGAGUCGACGACAGAUACCUUGGAUCAAAAAAAGCAUAAGUUAAACUCAACUAGUGAUGACACGAUUUUGUCGAAAAAAUCGAAAUUAGAUUCAGACUCCACAGGCAUGGAUGUGGAUUUUAACGUACACAAUUCGACAAGACCUGAUGAACAAGAAAAUGAAGAAAGUUGAACACUUGUAGUAGCAAAACACAAAUAAUGGAUGUAUAAUAGUGAAACGUGGAAAGACACUGAUGGAUAGAAUUGAGUUAAUUAUCAACCCAUGAUAGCGAGUACUUACAAAAAUUGGAGUUUUCACUCAGCUUUGACAACGUAUAGUGCACACCACUGUGGUUAGAACAACCUAAAUGUUUUCUUCUUUCAUCAAACUUACUUUGAUUUGUAUUUUAAUCGUUGAAAAAAUAGUGUGGAAGGACUUCUCCCCUAUAUGAGCUUUUUCUACCGUGAUUUUUCAAACUUCAAUUAAUUGUGGAAUAUUUAAUGUAAAUAUUGUCUGAAUAUAUGAAUAACCUGUUCUAGCU